CUGUGUUACAGAAGUUUGUUUAACUUGUUUCGAACGACUCGUUCACGGUCGGGCAGUAAUAACUGCAACAUUGUGUCACUUCGUCCAGAUCCAUGCUGUUCAUCGUCUAAUUCAGAUCCACGGUCUACAUUAAGUUCAAUGGAAGAAAAGCGUAGUUCAUCAGUUAGUCGCCGACGACGACCACGUUCAGCACAUCUUGACCCCAAUACUUUAGUUUUUCCACCGAGAGAAAUGCCAGUACAAAAUAUUAAUGAAUUAUAUAGGCGAAUUGAAAAAUUGGGUGAAGGAAGUUAUGCGGUUGUGUAUAAAAGUGAGAGCAGAAGUGAUGGAAGUAUUGUCGCAUUGAAAGAAAUAAAAAUUCAUAAUCAAGAAGGGCUGCCAUUUACUGCCAUCAGAGAAGCCUCACUGCUACGUGCUUUACGUCAUUCUAACAUCGUUACUUUGCACGACAUAGUGCAUGAGCAGAAUGCAUUAAUUUUUGUUUUUGAAUAUAUGAAAACUGAUUUAAGUAAGUAUUUGGAAUUGCAUAGUUCUGGACUCGAGCAAAUGCAAGUGCGAAUAUUUUUAUUUCAAUUACUUCGAGGUCUUGCAUUUUGCCAUGCGAAGAAAAUUCUGCACAGGCAAGAAGUAGACUUAAAGCCGCAAAACUUGCUGCUAAAUGAUAAUGGUGAAUUGAAAUUGGCUGACUUUGGAUUAGCUCGUGCGAAAUCUGUUCCGAGUCGAACUUAUUCCCACGAAGUUGUCACUCUUUGGUAUCGACCACCAGAUGUAUUAUUAGGCUCAACAAAUUACUCAACAUCACUCGAUUUGUGGGGUGUUGGAUGUAUAUUUGCAGAGAUGUGCACAGGUGCAGCACUUUUUCCAGGUACAAAAGAUAUCACUGAUCAACUGGAUAGAAUAUUUAGCAUAAGAGGUGUACCAAACACAAAAAAAUGGCCAGAAGUCUUGAAAUUGCCACAUUAUGCAUCCAACUUUUAUCCACCUUACGAAGAAUUAGCAUGGGAAGAUGUGCACAAAUCUCUAUUACAAUUAAAAAAUGGCCAGUCAUUAUUAUCACAUUUUUUACAGCUAAAUCCAUCAGAUCGGAUAUCAGCGAAUGGUGCAAUGAUGCACCCAUACUUUGCUUGCUUUCCUUCCAGUAUUCAUCUCUUGCCACCAACAGUUUCCAUCUUUUCGUUACCUGAAAUACGAUCUCUUCAGUACUCAAGUCUUCUACUUUAA